CUCCCUCUGUGACGGGGUCCACCCGUCCGCUCCGAACCCUUUGGUCACAGACACAGGAAGCCCUUCCCUGUGGGGCUGCUGCAAGUGUUACCACUGACCUUCUGGGGCCGGGGCCUGGCGUGACCUUGGGUCCUGGGGGUUUCCAGGUGGUUCCCUCUGAUCUGCCACGCGGCAGGCGCUGCUAAGGCAUGGCACUGAUCACCGCGUUGGACACUCAGCCCUGGGAGGCCGGUCUGUCACCGCAUGGCACAUGGAGGGGCAGCCCUCGCCGGGGCGUGGCUGCGGGGCUCCAGCUGCCUCUCAUAGCGGCUGUGAAGGAGACUUGCGGAAGCGACAGGAGAGAGGCCAGCUGGAUGCCAGGGAGCCAUCAGUCAGGGGCCUAGCGGGAGCCCGAGGAGAGCCUCUGAGCAGGUGCAGGAAAGGCCAAGAGGAAGAAGGACUUACGGAUAUCCUGUGUGUCCAAGCCGCCCGCGCCCAACCCCACAACUUUGAGGUGGAGGCCGAUGACCUGGUGACCAUCUCAGAGCUCGGGCGUGGAGCCUAUGGGGUGGUGGAGAAGGUGCGGCACGCCCAGAGCGGCACCAUCAUGGCUGUGAAGCGGAUCCGGGCCACCGUGAACUCCCAGGAGCAGAAACGCCUGCUCAUGGACUUGGACGUGAACAUGCGCACGGUCGACUGCUUCUACACCGUCACCUUCUACGGGGCCCUCUUCCGAGAGGGAGACGUGUGGAUCUGCAUGGAGCUCAUGGACACGUCCCUGGACAAGUUCUACCGGAAGGUGCUUGAGAAAGGCAUGACGAUCCCCGAGGACAUUCUGGGGGAGAUUGCUGUGUCUGUAGUGAGGGCCCUGGAGCACCUGCACAGCAAGCUCUCCGUCAUUCACAGAGAUGUAAAGCCUUCGAACGUCCUCAUCAACAAGGAGGGCCACGUGAAGAUGUGUGACUUUGGGAUCAGCGGCUACUUGGUAGAUUCUGUGGCCAAGACGAUGGACGCCGGCUGCAAGCCCUACAUGGCCCCCGAGAGGAUCAACCCGGAGCUGAACCAGAAGGGCUACAACGUGAAGUCCGACGUCUGGAGCCUCGGCAUCACUAUGAUCGAGAUGGCCAUCCUGCGGUUCCCCUACGAGUCCUGGGGGACCCCCUUCCAGCAGCUGAAGCAGGUGGUGGAGGAGCCGUCCCCUCAGCUUCCGGCUGACCGCUUCUCUCCGGAGUUUGUGGACUUCACUGCCCAGUGUUUGAGGAAGAACCCCGCGGAGCGCAUGAGCUACCUGGAGCUGAUGGAGCACCCUUUCUUCACCUUACACAAGACCAAGAAGACAGACAUCGCUGCUUUUGUGAAGAAGAUCCUGGGAGAGGACUCGUAGAGGGGCCCCCAGCCCAGAGCCCUCCACGGGGCGAUGCUUGCCCACACCCUUAAGCUACUGCCACUGGCCGUGGGCAUCCUGGGAGGACUCGAGGGGCUGGUCCCAAGUGCCAAAGAACCAGACUGUCAGGGCUCCCUGCGGCCCUCAUGGGCCUACCAGUGCCUCUGUCCUGCUGCUUCAAGGACCCCAAGUCUUUAGCCCCCAAGACCCUGGACUUGUGGGGACCUGGAUGCCCCCAGAUGUUGCCGCCCCUCACAGAGAAGGCAGCCGGCACCUGUGCACUGCCUGGCCCCGCCCAGAUGCCUUCAAGUUGUAUAUUUUUCUACUUCUUGACUGAAUGGACUUUGCACACUUUGGCUCAGGACUCUGCUGGGUGGUGUGGGGUGCGGACGGGUGAGCCACGUGGACCUCGAGCCCCGAGGGAGACCCAGCUGCUGGAGCCCUCGCCGGGCGCGGCACGCAGGCCCCCCCGGGACCCCGUGGCCCAGCCCCUCCUAUCACAUCUACUAGGGGUGUCGUUUCACUUUUUUUUUUUUAAUUUAUCCUCUUUUUCCCUGUUGCUUUGUGGGUUUGGCUGGGUUUUAUUGCUGUUGUUGUUUUGCACGGUGUGGAGCCACAUACGCUCUCGGCCCCCCGGGCCAGCAGCCAAGGCUCACCUCUGCUCGGGUGGCUCUAGGAGGCUGGCCUCCAGUCUCUGCUCAGAGACACUCCUAGGGGCUGGCCUGGCAGGCUGUAGAUUAGCUUUUCAUAAUGUGUGUGUGUGUGUGGGUGUGUGUACACACAUAUACAUAUAUGCUUUUUUUUUUAAGAAAGGACUACCUGUCCUGGGUUCUGUCCCUGAUGGGUGGGGGCAGUUACCUGUUUGCUGUUUUAAUAAAAAAAAAAGUGGGUCCGAA